UGUUCAAUUCCCUUACCCACUUAAUCCUACUCUAGGCAUAUUAACACUGGUACAUAUACUCGCAUUCACAAGGCACUCCCGCUUUACCCCCCGAACUUUUUGACUGAAACACCAUUUCCCUAGUUAACAUGGCGCAACGAUGGUGGAGGACCUGGGAGGACACUCCCUUGCCCCGAACAAAAGUCAAAAUCCUGCCGGAUCCUUCUACGCUUUCCAAUGCAGAGAUAUUGGAUGAACUGCUUCACUCAGCGGACCAGGGAAUGUAUAUGCCAAAAGAUCUACGCAAUGAAAUCGAUCAAACAACGCUCGAAAUCAUCCACGCGCAAGGCAACAGUCCUCUUUGGGUUCGCCAUGCCAGAAUUAAAGCGAUCGCAGGAAUGAUCCAUCGCCUCCAUUCACAGCUUCAGAGCAAUCGUGACUUGGCAUCCCAUGUGCAUCUCAUCGAAACAAUUGACUAUCUGAAGUACGAGCGAAAAUGGACGAUGGACGAGUUGAGGGGUGAAAUAGCGCAUCGACAAGAUGAAAAGACGAUGAAGGAAACCUGCGCUAAAGGGGGAGUCUUCAUGAAUAUACAUGCCCUGGCCUUGGAAUACGACGCAAUGACGUGGUAUAUGGGCCUCGAGGAAGAAUUUCAUUCGAGGCGAGUGCCCGGCCGCUCCGGGCAUGCCCCUUACAACGCAUCAGUCCGUCGAUACAUGCUACGAAACCAUAGAGCACUCUUUGGACCGGAUGGCAGAGUGAAGAGGGCGGAAAAGGCAAAUGUUACGGAUCAGCCGAAACCGUGACUGAACAGAGCACUGGUAGAUGGGGUUGUCGAUGAAUCUUGCGAACGGCAAUACAAAAGUUGGUGCGCGCAAGACGGGACGGCAGAGACAAUGAGAAGGCGUAAU